GGCUGGCUGAGGAGCGCCUGGACAGCACAGCUGCUGACGUUCUAUAUCACGCGCCUGGGGCCCAAGUCGCAGCUCCUUUCCAGACGUAUUUCUUCUCAAGUCCUGCAGUGAGCUGAUGGCCCAGUUUCGAGAAGCUUCCCUGUCCUCCCGCUCCGUGGCCCGUUGGAGCUCUGGAGGUGGGGGAGGAGCCUCUCAGGAGCAGGCGGUUGAGAAGGCGGGGAAAAUGGAGGCGGAGGCCCUGGGGGCGGCGAUGGUAUACGCGGUCCAGGAAGCAGAGGAGAUGAAGCUGGAGCCGUGGCAGGAACGCAAUCCUGCGCCCGAGGGUAACUUGACGUGGAGCGGCAUUGGCGGCGACGAGAAGGUGCUCCCUUCAACCCCCCCUUGCUGUCACAGCAGCUCCUCGCCCGUUUGUCCGCGCCGCAAGCCCCGCCCUCGGCCGCAGCCCGGGUCCCGGUCCCGAGGCCGGCAUGGGCUCUUGGCCCCACCCCCGCCUGCAGCCCGGCCUCCACCACCGCCACCACUACCCCCUUCACGCCCCCCCACUUGGCGCAGAUCCCGGCGUAGGUCCAGGCCUGGGUCCAGACCCCAGACCCGGAGAAGCUGCUCUGGUGACCUAGGCGGUUCUGGGGAUCAAGGUGGCUUAAGGGACUGGUUGCUGGAGGUUGAAUUUGAUCACGGUCCCACAGGCUGCUCUCAUGUGGAGAGCUUUAAAGUAGCUAAGAACUGGCAGAAGAAUCUGCGGAUGAUCUACCAGCGUUUUGUUUGGAGUGGAACCCCAGAGACUAGGAAACGUAAGGCAAAAUCGUGCAUUUGUCAUGUAUGUAGUACUCAUAUGAACAGACUCCACUCUUGCCUCUCCUGUGUCUUUUUUGGCUGCUUUACUGAGAAACAUAUUCAUAAACAUGCAGAAACAAAACAGCAUAAUUUAGCUGUAGACCUCUAUCAUGGAGUUAUAUAUUGCUUUAUGUGCAAGGAUUAUGUAUAUGACAAAGAUAUAGAACAGAUUGCCAAAGAAACAAAAGAGAAAAUUUUGAAAUUAUUAACUUCCACCUCAACAGAUGUUUCUUAUCAAAAAUUUAUGACAUCCGGGGUUGGAGAGAAACAGUCAACCUCUGAGUCAAAGGAAGAAGAGCCAAAAUUGGUGAAACCCAAGAAAAAGAGGAGGAAAAAGUCAGUGUAUACUGUAGGCCUGAGAGGGCUAAUCAAUCUUGGAAACACCUGUUUCAUGAAUUGUAUUGUUCAGGCUCUUACCCAUAUUCCUCUACUGAAAGAUUUCUUCCUCUCUGACAAGCACAAAUGUAUAAUGACAAGCCCUAGCUUGUGUUUGGUCUGUGAAAUGUCUUCUCUUUUUCAUGCUAUGUACUCUGGGAGCCGAACUCCUCAUAUUCCUUAUAAAUUACUGCACCUGAUAUGGAUUCAUGCUGAACAUUUAGCAGGGUACAGGCAGCAGGAUGCCCAUGAGUUUCUUAUUGCAAUAUUAGAUGUGCUGCAUAGACACAGCAAAGAUGAUAGUGUUGAGCAGGAGGCCAGUAACCCCAACUGCUGUAAUUGCAUCAUAGACCAAAUUUUUACAGGUGGCUUGCAGUCAGAUGUCACAUGUCAAACUUGCCAUAGUGUCUCCACCACCAUAGACCCAUGCUGGGACAUCAGCCUGGACUUGCCUGGUUCUUGUGCCACAUUUAGUUCCCAAAGCCCAGAGAGAGCUGACAGUACAGUGGGCAGGGAUGACCGCAUACCAGGAAUCCCCUCACUUACAGACUGCCUACAGUGGUUUACAAGGCCAGAGCAUCUAGGAAGCAGUGCCAAAAUCAAGUGCAGUAGUUGCCAAAGUUACCAGGAAUCUACCAAACAGCUCACAAUGAAGAAAUUACCCAUUGUAGCCUGUUUUCAUCUCAAACGGUUUGAACAUGUAGGCAAACAGAGGCGAAAGAUUAAUACUUUUAUCUCUUUUCCCUUGGAGCUGGACAUGACUCCAUUUUUGGCCUCUACUAAAGAGAGCAGAAUGAAAGAAGGCCAGCCAUCAACAGAUUGUGUGCCCAAUGAGAAUAAGUAUUCCUUGUUUGCAGUGAUUAAUCACCAUGGAACUUUGGAAAGUGGCCACUAUACCAGCUUUAUCCGUCAACAAAAGGACCAGUGGUUCAGUUGUGAUGAUGCCAUCAUCACCAAGGCUACCAUUGAGGACCUACUCUACAGUGAAGGGUAUUUACUGUUCUAUCACAAACAGGGUCUAGAGAAAGACUAAUCUUAUCAGACCAGGACAAAGAAAUGAUUAGGUAAGGAUCCUGAAGUGACACACAAAUCUACCUGGAAUGGACAAUAACAAUACCCUUAAAACAACAAGCACCUCUCGAAGUAACACAAAAACCUAUCUGGAAUGGACAGUGACAAUAACACCUAUAUGACAUCUAGCACUUUGAUAUAAAGGAUCUAUUUUACUAGGGACCAUGGGUCUGUAGGAGGAAAAAAUGACUACCAAACAGUGACCAUUCAGCCUUAAGAAAUGGGAGGGAGAAGGGGUUGAAAAUGGUCACAUAAACCAUAAUUAAAUGAAAAGAGUGUUCAAGAUGGGGAAAGGUGGGAAUAGAGGUGUUCUGACACUACUAUAUGCCAUUUAUUUCUACAAAAAUAUUGUGGGAAGUCCUUAAAUAUUCCUUUAUUAGGAAAAAGUUUCACAAUUGGUGUUCCAGCUGUGGGCGAUCAGCCAAAUAGUUUCAAAAAAAAGAAUAUUUUAAAAGAAAGAUUUAAAAGCUUUAAAAUAAAACAUUUAGAGAGAAAAAAACAUUUUUAAAGUUUCAA